AUGAGUGGGGCUGCUAUGGAGCAGGCAACACUGGUGGUGCCACAAAGGAUGGAAGAGCUUUUAGCCUCCAAUCCUAUUCUCUGGAUCCCAACCAAAGUCUGGUUGGAAUUUAUGGCUGGAUGCAUCAGUGCCCUCCAGUUGGCUCAGAUCUCUCUCAGGGAACUGGAACCACCCAACCUUGGUAUUCUGACUGGAAUCAUCUGCCACAUGAUUCAGUGCAUGUCCACCACUGCAAUAAUCAUUGACUUCCAUGUGAGAGUUCAUGGCCCUUCUCCAGGUCUCCAGGAAGUUCAGGAUCAUGAUGACCUGGAGGUACUCAAGCUGAUGGAUGGAAAGUUGAAGAGGGGCAACAGACAACCUGCCUGGCCAAGGAUUCCCCCUCUGGAUGAAGUGGAACAAUUUUCCCAUUGGCAGCAGACUGAUGUGGACCAAAUUGACAAGGACCAUCCAACUGCAGCCUUGGUUGAUCAUGCAGGACUAGAAGUGGUUGGCCCAACUGUCCAGUCUGGGGCCAAUGGUCCAGAGGGAAAAACAGAGUCAACAUCUUUGGAAGAUGCCAUUCAGAGUUGGACUCUGAAUGAGACCUUCAGGACAAUACAUGCCUGUGAAUUCAAGGCCUGCAAUGCAGAAAUACCCAGGAGUGGAGGGGCUGGUCACCAACAGUCAAGCUUUUCAGAGAGGGUCAAUCUGUUUUUUGCAGGACCCACAGCAGGACAACCUUCACAGAGGUCACCAUGGAGUGUCUUCUGGACGAAGCCUGGCUAUAUUUGGGAGUAUCACCAGGUGAUGAAGAACAGGACGCCCCUGGAGGAGUUUGAGGUGCUGGACCACCUUGGCAGGAUAUUUUCUGUCCUUCAGACAUUACCUGAUGCGACCAAAGGGAGUGAAAAGAGUCCUGGGAAGACAUGGCAGGUGGAGGGUGAGAAGGUGGUUCUGGUGACAAAUCCCAAGUUCUACAAGAUCAAGGGUAUCUCCACUGAGAAGGAACAGCAGCAGGCCAGGAGAUGA